GGAGCCGGAGCCGCAGCCGGAGCCGGAGCCGCAGCCGCAGCCGCAGCCAGAGCGCGGGCAGCGGAGCGGGCGGCGGGAAGGGCUCCGUCAGGCGGCCCGCCGCCCCCGCCAGGCCCGCCCGCUCCCCCGCUUUGGGGCGAGGCUCGGCCCGCGCGCAGGUGACGACCCGCCUCCCGGCCCGGGGACGUCCCGGGGCGCCGACCGGCCGCCUCAGGUCCGAGGUGAGCCCGGGCGGAGGACUCACCGGCCCGAGAGCAGGUGGAGCCCACGCGGGCCUGGGGUUCUCGGAGGCGACAGACGGUCGAGGAGGCAGCCGGCCCCCCGCGAUCCCGGCGGCCGCGGCGCGCGCCAUGCGAGGGGCGUUGUAGCCGAAGGUGCGGGCCCGAUGGAGCGGGCCGGGGUGCGGGGGCCGCGCGGGGGCCACGGCCCGGGGCUCCGGCUGGCGCUCGGGCUGUGGCUGCUGCUGGCGCGGCCGCCGUCGGGCCGCGCGGGGGCCCCCGAGGCUCCGGAGCCCGCGGCCCCGGGCACGGCGGCCCCGGCCCGCGGCGACCGCUGCCGCGGCUACUACGACGUGAUGGGCCAGUGGGACCCGCCCUUCAACUGCAGCUCCGGCGCCUACAACUUCUGCUGCGGCACGUGCGGCUACCGCUUCUGCUGCCACGACGGGCCGCGGCGCCUGGACCAGAGCCGCUGCUCCAACUACGACACGCCGGCCUGGGUGCAGACCGGCCGGCCGCCCGCGCGGGCCCGCGACACCGCCGCGCACCGGGACCCGGGCCGCGAGCGCAGCCACACGGCCGUCUACGCGGUGUGCGGCGUCGCCGCGCUGCUGGUGCUGACGGGCAUCGGGGUGCGCCUGGGCCUGGAGAGGGCGCACAGCCCGCGCGCGCGGCGCACGGUGACCAGGACACUGACGGAACUUCUGAAGCAGCCAGGCCCCCGGGAGCCACUGCCCCCGCCUCUGGGCCCACCUCUGGGCAGCUGUGUCCAGGUGCAGAUGUGCGAUGGCCUCCCCCGAGGCUCCCCCCACAACAGCACAGACAAGAAACGCCACACCCACGUGCCCCUGGGGUCGGCGACCCCGGGGCCCCCGCGCGGCCCGCGGCUGCAGGGCAGCGGCAGCCUGACGCUGCAGCCGGACUACGCCAAGUACGCCACCCUCAAGGCAGCCACGUUCAAGGCCUCAGAGGCCGCCCCGCAGGACUUCUACCCGCACUUCCCGGCGCCCGGCCCCGCCCCGCUGACCCUUCCGGCGCGGCCCCCGCGGCCCCCAGAGGACCUGUCCGCGCUGCUCGACGCCUGCCCCUGGGCCCCGCCCGGCUACGCGCCCCACGCCGGCCCCGCCCCGACGGGCCACGGCAAGGCCUGGACCACCGGCCGCCCGGCUCGGCCAUCUCCUCGCGGCCACCUGGUGGCUCAGGCCGCCCCUGCCCCCCGGCGGUCCGGCCACCCCCGGCGCGUGGAGAAGCUGCCCAAGGCCUUCCGCCCGCAGCCCCCUGGCCUGUACAGUUGCGCGGUUCGUGGACACCUGAGCACCAACAGCAAAGCAGAGGUCACCGUAUGAAGACGGGGCUGCUGGUUCUUCGAAGCAUUCCCUCUACCAAGGAUCCGCCAUCAGCCUGGUCGGGGGCUAGGGGCGCCCUCCACCUAAGUCCAGCCCUUCCGCCUGCCCAGGCUGGACUGGGGGCCUUGGAGCCUGUGGGGCUAAGAAAGGGCCUGUCCUGGGCGUCCUAGGGCCCCGGUUCGCAUGUAAAUAAACCCUUUUCUGUGGUUCCCAUCCCUGAGAAUAAAGGAGCCCCAGCUUGGCUCUGAGAGGGGCUGAUGGCAGGUACUGGUCACUGACUGGACAGACGGCAGUGCGGGCAGAGGGCACAGCAUAUGCAAGAGCGGAGGACUGUUCCCCAGAGCUAUGGGGGAGAGGGGGUUCUAGGAGCCGGGAGAAGUGGCUGGAGGAGGUGGUAAGGGCUGAAUGCCAACACCAGUGGGCCCAGGGGAGAGGCAAUUAGCCAUCUUGAGGCUCCUGCACAGGUGAGGGCUGGAGGGUCCAUGCCCCUGACUGAAGGUGAGCACCCCCUCCAGCGACCACCCACUCUACAGCUUGAGUUGGCCGAGCCAGGCUGAUCUUCAUUGACAUCGUCUGGCGCUGGGCCGGCCCCUGGCCUGCAGGCCACUUGGUCAGCUUGGCCCAGAGCCACCCCCCUAAUGGGUGUGGGCAGUGGGCCCGGUGGACAGCUGGUGCUCAGGGUGUCAGAGCCUCCGCCCAGUAGCUGCUCUGGAGGGAAAGGGGAUGGUGAUGCUGGACCCUGAGCCCUGGCAGGGCCCCCGCAGGGGUGCUCACACCACACAUGCUUGGCACUGCCAGCUCUCCCCUUUCCUGCCAGGCAGGCUCCAGGCACCUGGCUGUGGCCCAGGGCAGUGCCAGCAGCCUGCGCACAUCGGCUUUCUGUGACAGGUACUAUUGGGGAGGCUGAGGGUUGGGCUGUGGGCCUUGUGUGAACUCAACAAAGCCACCCAGUUGGGCCUUUGCCCUCUGUGUACCCUAGGCAUGGGAUACUGUUUUAAUAAAAAUGGCCCCCGUUU